CAUCAUCCACCAACCAACAUCUAAGAUCUCUACCUUAGAGACUAAAUAUUCCUGUGUACUACUAAACUCAUCCAUAUAUCCUCUAUGGUCUGGUAUCAAACAAAAAUGAGUGUCACUUUAAAAAUGAGAGGUAUACAGAACCAUCCGUGUCACAGUGAAGCAGCAGUGGACAUCAUUAAGUGGCUCAGUGAUGUCAUGGCACUGUGUGGUAACUACCAGCUGCUCCUGUCAAUGCUAAAAUGUCUGAAAUGAAUAAUAAGUUGUCAAUUCUAAACAAAUGUUCAUGAAACUGACAGACUCGACACAUGGCACCGUCUAUUGUCCGAUUAAACUCAACCCCAGAGACAACACACACUAUUGUCCAGUGCAUUCGGUGGUUUUAACUGUUCCAGAUGAAGCUCCAUUCUCAACCUCACUGACACAGCACAUCCACCACACAGAUGGUUCACACACCUGCAUGUUCCCCACACACACCACAGCGCAUUGAAGAGAUGGCUCUUUGCUGGACUGAGGUCAGUCUCCUGUUGGAACUGGCACUGAAGGUAAGAGGCUGCAAAGUAGAUGCCGAUGAGUGAAGAAGUAUUUGUAACAUGUUUCACAAUAUGACUGGAAGGAUCUUGCAAAACUCUCUUUUACUUCCAGAGCGAUACUCCUCCACAAGAUGAGGACUGCGGUGCUGCUGUUUGUUGUGGGGUUGUGUGUGUUGAAUGCCGCAUCUUCCCUGAAAAUAUGCGCUUUCAAUGUUCAGAGCUUUGGUGAAGCAAAGGCUAACAACAAGAAGGUUAUGGGCAUUCUGCUAAAGAUUCUUUCUCGGUGCGACUUGUGUCUUAUUCAGGAGGUCCGAGACUCUAAAGGAACAGCAAUACAAGCUCUGGUUAAGGAUCUCAACAGCAGGUUUGACAAAUCCAACUCAUACUCCUAUGUGGAAAGUGAACGGCUAGGCAGGAAGACUUACAAGGAGCAGUAUGUCUACAUUUACAGGAGCAAUGUGCUGACGAUCAAAGAGCAUUAUCAGUAUCCUAAACUAGAAGGAGAAGGAACCGAAGAAACAGAUGUUUUCUCCAGAGAGCCUUUCAUUGUUCGCUUUCACUCCCCAACGACAUUGGUGAAGGAUUUUGUCCUGAUUGGGCAGCACACCUGUCCAAGAAAUGCCAUGAAGGAGAUUAAUGAACUGUAUACUGUCUUCCAAGGAAUUUACAAGAAGUGGAAGAAUGAUAAUGUGAUGAUCUUAGGGGACCUCAACGCCGGCUGUAGCUACGUCACCAGCAAGGACUGGAGAGCGGUGCGCUUGAGGAGCGACCCCAAGUUCCGCUGGUUAAUUGGAGAUGAGCAGGACACGACUGUCCGUGAGAAGACGCACUGCGCCUAUGACCGGAUCAUUGUCCACGGACGUGAGAUUAUUUCCAGUAUAGUGCCGGGUUCAGCUCAACCGUUCAACUUCAAAAAUAAUUUCCAUCUAACAGAGGAGGAGGCUCUUCAGGUGAGUGAUCAUUUCCCUGUAGAAGUUGACCUGAAGCCUAACCACCGCUACCUCCUCCGCAAUGAGCUGUAAGACAACCGGCAGCAAACCAGGAUGUCGGAUCGGAACUGUGUAGUUUUACUGGAUUUAAAUUGUCAAAAUAAAUCAAAGUUUCCUACAAAAUAUUCACUGACAAUUACAGUU